AUGUCGUCUUCCAAACACUCCAAAAGUGGAUCAGAUAAGGUAACGGACACACGGAGCGGUUCGAGUAAGUUAGCAGCCGCAGACACCGCGAAGCUGAUCCCGUCGAGUCAUCCGAAUACCAAUAUUGGUCCCUCUCCUAAUGCCGAGGUAAAUGUAGAUAUUACCGAUAAGUUAAAUAGAAUCGACCUGGAAAAGGUCCCGAAUAAACAGACUACUGUACUGAAUAAAAACAGUAAAGCCAGUAAUGUCGUCACCGUCGUUAGACGCAAUCCGCCGCGUAACGGUCGCGCGAUUCGGGUGUCAAACUGUCAGUUAUGUGAUGAGCUAGACAACGAUAACAUGGUUCAGUGUGAUAGUUGCGACUUGUGGUACCAUUUCAUAUGCGUGAACGUGACAUCGGAAAUUGAAAAUAUGAGCUGGAGUUGCUCUAGAUGUUGGGCUGCGGUCAGUAACAAGCAAGUGGCUCCCCCCGUAGAAAAGUCGAUCCAUCCGGGUCCGCCCCCUUCUAGGCAAUCGAGAAAUAGUGUGAGAAGUGGUAAAAGCGAGACGAGGAGAAGGUUAAAGCUGCAGUUGCAGAAGAUUGAGGAAGAAAAGAAACUUGAAAAGCAGUUUCUGGACAAAAAAUAUGAGGCAUUGCUUGAGUACGGUAGUGAAGCUUCCACCGUAUUGAGUGACACUGAGUCUUUUGUCGAUCAGGCGUCGAAGGUGGAGCAAUGGGUAGCUGACACAGAACACUGUGGUGGAGGUACGGAUUCAGGUCUAGCAGCUGAUGAGUUGGAGAGGCACGUAGCGAAAAACUCGAUGUGGCCUACAGAGCACCACGCUCAGAAUCUCAGACAAAGCGGACAACAGUCAACGUUUCCCCCAGGCGGUCAAGCGCCACAAGAAGAUUAUAGUAUCCGAUUUACAGUUCCCCCUAAUGCGACUAGCCUUCCAAUGCGACGUUCACAGAACCAGUAUCCACAUGCAGCGGCGCUGAUGGGGACAAGCCAAUUCAACCCGAGGCAGAGGUCAACUCCAACAGGACAAGGACGAGCAAUGGCGUCUAUGGGCGACGAAACGGUUUGCAUUCUCAACAGAACUCAACUAGCCGCACGACAAGCGGUUUCAAAAGACCUUCCGGAGUUUAAUGGUAACCCUGAGGACUGGCCACUCUUUUUUUCUGCCUUUACAAACUCUACCCAGAUGUGUGGAUUCUCUAACGAAGAGAACAUGCUUCGUCUUCGAAAGUGCUUGAGGGGAAGAGCCUUAGAAGCGGUUAAGUGUCGCCUACUCCACCCUUCCAACGUCGGAGGCGUCCUGUCCACGUUAAAAAUGUUAUACGGAAGGCCGGAAGCAAUUGUGCAAGCGAUCGUGAAGAAGGUUCGAACCCUGCCAUCGCCAAACAUCGACAGGCUAGAAACGGUGGUCAACUUCGCACUCACGGUGGAAAACUUGGUUGCGACAAUCCAAGCAUGCGAAGUACAUGAUUUCGUAUACAACGCUUCAUUACGUUACGAAUUGGUGGAACGACUACCUUCUACGUUGAAGCUGGACUGGGCUAAACAUUCUAGAGACAAACCCAAUCCAAAUUUAGUCGAUUUCAGUUCGUGGCUUUAUUCUACGGCAGAGGAUGCUAGUGCGGUGAUGCCAUCGGUAAGCGGUGAAUCAAGGUACCGUCCCAGUAGAAAGGAUGGAUGUCUGAAUGUGCAUUCUGAAAGCGAGUCGAGUAAUAACGCACUUUACAUGACGCCAUCGCAAGCGAAAUCAACCGUUUCCAGUGAAUCGAACAUGCGCUGCCCCAUAUGUAUGGAAGGUUGCACAAGCGUUACAAAAUGCCAGCGUUUCGCAGAACUUAGCAAUGACUCAAGGUGGGCGGCAGUGCGAGAAUGUAAACUGUGCCGUAAGUGUCUACGGAAACACAACGGAUCGUGCAGACAACAGAAGGCAUGUGGCACGAAUGGUUGUACUUACUUACACCAUCCUCUUCUCCAUUCCGAUAAGCAACAAUUAAACAGUUUUUCUUCACCGGUACCAACCGCACCUACAUCAGCGGGAACAUCGCAACAGAGUUGUAAUAUACAUCAGGGUCAAUCGCAACUCUUAUUCCGAAUACUUCCGGUUAUUCUCUACGGGCCGGAAAAAGCUGUAAAAGUCUACGCGUUUAUAGACGACGGCUCUGACAUCUCGUUAAUGGAAGAGCAAUUGGCGGAAGAGCUGGGAGUCAUUGGGCCAAUGAAAUCCUUAUGUCUUGGGUGGACAGGAGGUGCACACCGAACGGAGGCCUCCUCAGAGUGCGUGAAUUUGCGAAUCUCGAGCUGCAGUAAGCAACCGAAGCAGUAUGAAUUGUCCUCCAUACACACAGUGAAAAGCCUCAGAAUACGGCCGCAAACACUUCAGUACUCCGAACUUCAAACAAAAUAUCCUUACCUCUCGGGUCUGCCGAUCGAGUCGUAUGAGAAUGCCUACCCCCGCAUUUUAAUAGGAGUAGACAACCUUGGCAUCGGAAAUAUCCAGAAAUGUCGGGAAGGACGAAAUCACGAGCCAGUUGCUGUUAAAAUGCGUAUCGGAUGGACACUAUUUGGCAGAUGCGCACCUGAAGGCAAUGUCAAACAUUCUAUCAACUACCAUUCAGUCAGUGUUUGUAGAUGCAACAAGGACCUGGAUGAAGACCUUCAUCAAAUCGUUAAAAACUUCUUCUCCCUAGACAGUCUCGGCAUCAGCAAGCCCGAGAAACUCCUACAGUCGCCAGAAAACCAACGUGCACACAUACUGCUCGAAACGCUAACGAUACCUAGAAAUAAAUGCUACGAGACUGGACUUCUCUGGAAGUACGACGAAAUCCGUCUUCCAGACAGCAAAGCUAUGGCCCUGAAGCGGUGGCAGUGUCUAGAUCGUCGUAUGAAGCAGGACCCAGUGUUGGCGAAAGCAGUAAAAGAUAAAAUCGAAGAUCAUAUUCGGAAAGGAUAUGUGCGAAAGCUGUCGGAGGAAGAAAUACAGGCGAAGCAUUCUCGUGUCUGGUACUUACCCAUGUUCCCGGUAGUAAACCAGAAUAAACCAGGGAAGACAAGGCUCGUUUGGGACGCAGCGGCAGCCGUCCAUGGUGUAUCGCUAAACUCCGUGCUAUUAAAGGGUCCAGAUCUACUCACUUCUUUGUUGUCGAUUCUGAUUCAGUUUCGCGAAUAUCGGACUGCCGUGUGUGGUGACAUUCGCGAGAUGUAUCACCAAGUUCGUAUACGGGAGGAAGACCAACACAGUCAGCGAUUUUUCUGGAAAGACGAUGAGACCGACUCCGGUCCGAGUACUUACGUCGUACAGGUUAUGACAUUUGGAGCCUGCUGCUCACCGAGUACCGCACAGUACGUAAAAAAUACUCACGCACGAAAAUUCGAGCAGGAAUACCCUGCAGCCGUUGAAGCGAUCGUAAAACAUCACUACGUCGACGAUAUGCUGCUGAGUGUUGAAUCGGAGUCACAAGCAGCUCAGUUAUCUGCAGAAGUCAAAAGAAUACAUGCGUUGGCGGGAUUCGAAAUCCGUAACUGGGCGUCAAAUUCACCGGCGGUAUUACAAGCGAUGCAUGAACCGACGAUAGGAGAGAAAAACCUAAGCGGUGAGAAUACGGUCGAGAAGAUUCUCGGUAUGUGGUGGAACACUUCAACGGAUAACUUCACAUUCAAGAUCUCCACCCGUAUUGACAAGCUCUUGUUGUCUGGAUGCCGUCGACCAACUAAAAGGGAAGUUCUUCGGACGCUUAUGAUGAUAUUUGAUCCAUUAGGACUCAUUGGACACUUCUUGAUGAUCCUGAAAACACUUCUCCAGGAAAUCUGGCGUACUUCCAUAGGUUGGGAUGAUAUGAUUGACAACACACAUUUCGAGAAGUGGACAACUUGGUGUGCAGCGCUUCCAAGGAUAACGACUAUUAAAAUCCCGCGAUGUUACCGAAUAGUGACGUCUACUGCAAACGAAACUGUAGUUCAGCUUCAUACGUUCGUUGAUGCGAGCGAAACGGGCUACGCCUCUGUGGCUUAUCUAAGAUAUCAAGAAGGGAGCGCCAUCGAGUGCGCCCUUGUGGGUUCUAAAACAAAGGUUUCACCCCUGAAAUUCUUAUCUAUUCCCCGUUCCGAACUUCAAGCUGCGGUUAUUGGCGUCCGACUGGCCGAAACCAUAUGUCAAUCACUAUCAGUCCAUGUGCAUCGACGCUUCUUUUGGACGGAUUCCAAGGACGUACUCUGCUGGUUGAAUUCUGAUCACCGGCGUUUUAACCAGUAUGUCGCGUUCAGGGUCAGCGAGAUACUUGAGGCUACCGAAGUACGAGAAUGGAACUGGAUUCCAAGCAAGCAGAACGUUGCCGAUGAGGGCACUAAGUGGAAAGGCAACCCGGACUUAUCCGCCACUAGUCGCUGGUUUCGAGGACCACAGUUUCUGUGGAAGCCAUCCGAGCACUGGCCAGUUUCGAAUAAACCUGUUGGAAAAACUACCGAAGAACUGCGUCCUCAUCUACUGUACCACACCAAGACCGAAGCUCCGUUAAUAGACGUUAGCCGUUUUUCCGAUUGGCAGAAGAUACUCCGAUGUACUGCACGUAUUUUUCGAUUCGUGCACAAUGUUAAAUCUUACAAACAGAAGAAAGAGCGUAAAUAUGGACCACUAGAAAGAGAGGAGUUCGUGAAUGCCGAGUGCUACUUGUUUCGCAUCGCACAGACGGCAGCUUACACAGAUGAAAUCGCUAUUCUCUCCAAAAACUUAAACACGGAAAAUCCAGAUAAAUGCUUUCCAAAAAACAGUCCUCUUUAUCACCAGUGCGCCUUUCUCGAUCAUUAUAACGUACUCAGAGCUCAAGGUCGAACACGUGCCUGUUCGUUUAUUACUAAAGACGCUGCUCAACCAGUUAUUCUCCCCCGCGAGCACCCAAUUACCUGGCUUAUCCUGCACGAUUUCCACAAACGGUUCAACCACCAGAACCACGAAGCAACGAUGAACGAAAUCCGGCAACGGUUUCGUAUCUCCAAGCUAAAAGCGACAUACAAAAGAGUCCGCCAGGACUGCCAAAAGUGUAAAAAUAGUCACGCGUCACCUCAGCCUCCUUUAAUGGCUGACCUGCCGCCACAACGGCUUGCUGCAUUUGCCCAACCCUUUACACACAUGGGGGUGGACUAUUUCGGUCCUAUGUUGGUAAGCGUAGGAAGACGCUCCGAAAAACGGUGGGGAGUCCUCGCAACAUGCCUUACUAUUCGCGCUAUCCACAUUGAACUAGCUCAUUCACUGACGACCGACUCUUGCAUUCUGGCAAUACGUAACAUUAUGGCUAGGAGAGGCGUACCGGCGACUAUCAUCAGCGACCAUGGAACUAACUUUCAGGGAGGCAGUAAAGAACUGCGAGAAGCCCUACAGAAUGUUAAUCAAGAGCAACUGAUAAAAGAGUUCACAACUUCCGACACGGAAUGGACUUUCAUCCCAACGGCGUCACCGCAUAUGGGCGGCGCUUGGGAACGCCUCAUCCGGUGCGUGAAGUCCAACCUCUACAAACUGCAAUGGAGAAGGCUUCCGACCGAUGAGAUCCUUCAUAGCACGCUUCUGGAGAUCGAAAACAUGAUUAACUCACGGCCAUUGACAGAUAUCCCUAUGGACGAAGACGACGACUCACCGGUACUCACACCAAAUCAUUUCUUGCUGGGAUCGUCGAAUGGGCUCAAACCAUGGGUACCGUGCAACGUAGAUCCCACGAUGCUGCGAAAUAACUGGAAACAGUCACAGCGUAUGACCAACGAGUUCUGGCGUUGGUGGCUAAGGGAUUAUCUUCCCGUCAUUACCCGGCGUACCAAGUGGUUUACUAAAGUGAAACCACUCGAAACAGGAGACGUGGUGAUCAUCGUAGACCCAAAUGGUCCUCGCAAUAGCUGGCCAUUGGGACGCAUCAUCGCCACCAAAUCAGGAACGGAUGGACAAGUGAGAAGCGCUACCGUGCAAACCAACAAAGGCAUCUACGAACGACCUGCGGUGAAACUCGCGGUGCUCGACGUAGGCGUUAGGGAUCAACACGCCUUCGGAAGACCUCCUGCGCAUUCGGGGGGGAGUGUAAGCUCACCCGUCGAUCAGUCAACCCCUCGUUUCACCGCUACGACGUAG